UUUCAAUAUGAAUUCGCGAAAUACGCACAGGAAUUCACUGCAAAGUAGAAAUACUAGAUUUAAAAAUCGGUCAUUACCGAUAUUUCCUCCACGCAAGAGACACGGUUUAAAAAAUAAUUCGAGUAAUUUAUUGAGUGAAGUGUACGAAGAAUUCUCGAGAGAAUCUUCAAUCCACGGGAUAAAAUACACGAGUCGAAGUAAAUCAAUUCCUGAACGGAUCCUCUGGGCGUUUCUUAUCAUCUUGUCAGUGAUAGCAGCUGGAAUUUUGGCGCAGAAAUUUUAUUACAGACAUAAACAGGGAAAUAUGAGGACAUUGGUGAUAUCAAAUCAGUAUCCCUCAUGGAAAAUUCCCCUCCCAGCUGUAACAAUUUGUCAAUCAACAGUAGCGAGUGCCGAUAGACUCAAUAAAUACAUGCGUGAAUCCAAAAAAUUGAAGAUGCCAUCAGGACUGGACUUCAACCAGUUCUUGAAUGAUUUGCAAUUCCUGAAAGAGCUGUACAUUCCAACGAACCACUUCCAGAAUGCAAUCUCCCGGUUGAACAGGAUCGUCUCCUACAACAACCUGAGUGUAUCCGAAUUCACAUCGAUAAUGAGUCCCUCCUGCGACGACUACAUCGUCCUGUGUCGGUCCCAGGGUGAGAUUAAACCCUGCAGUCGUUAUCUGAAAAUUUCCAUGACACCUUAUGGAAUCUGCUGCUCAGCCAAUUACGACCCUUUGCCCACCGAGCAAAAAUCAGAGUACUACAGUUCAACUUACGGUGAGGUCUCGCUGUUAUCAGUAAUCCUGAGGAAUUCCAGUCCCGAGGACAGAAUCUCAGGAUUAUUCUACGGAGAUGGUGCCCGAGUGCUUAUCCACGACCGUCACACGUACCCAGGCCCAUCGUCCCGUGAAUUCAUAGCCAGUCGAGGAAGUGAGGUGACAGCCUACAUCGACGGUCAUACCCUGACAGCCAGUCCCGAGGUCCUGAGCCUCUCCCAGAAGGAGCGGGACUGUCGCACCAGUGACCCAGGAAGCAUCACCUACAGACUUGACAAUUGUCUCGCCAACUGUCACGAGAUGAUGUCCAGGUCCCAGUGCCAGUGCGUACCUCUUUACGCCUCCGUCAUCCUCGGGAGUGACACUAUCUGCAAUUUUACGCACGUUGCGUGUAUGUCUGGGGUGAAAUCGCGAAUUGCUAGGACAUCCUUCAGAGGAUAUCCCUGUCACUGCCUCCCAGACUGCGAGGGGACAAGCUACUCAGUUGCUACCACUGCUGUACCCAUGAAUGCCGUCCAAUACAAUCCAUCGGAAUUCUAUCGAAUCGCCAGGAGAUACCCCAAUGUCACAGCCAUUCACGUCACCUUUGCCAGGCAAACGGCGAUGCUGCUGAGGCGAGACCUAGUCCUCUCCUGGAUCAAUCUAGUAUCCUCACUCGGAGGAGUUUUCAGUCUCUUCCUCGGGUGCAGCUUCAUCUCAGUAAUUGAAAUCAUUUAUUUCUUCAGCUGCUACCUCUCGCAAUUGAUGAAGAGUCGAACAACAAAUUUGCAACAAUGAUAAAUAAAUGAAAUACAACAGUUAUUAAAUUUUCUUUGGAUAGAUAUCCAUAAUUAACAC